AUGUUUGUGAGCAUUAUUGACAAUGAUCCCAAGCUAUCCAAGGUGCAAAAAUUGCAAUACCUCAUGUCAUAUGUAAAAGACAAUGCUAAACGGAUAAUUUCUACCCUCUCCAUCACCGAAGAAAACUAUGAGGUGGCGUGGGCUGCGCUCGUCAAAGAAUAUGACGACAAAUUUACUAUUGUAAAUUCCCAAAUUGAACGAUUCUGCAAUAUCUCAAAUGUGACCUCUCCCACAGCUUCUGCUAUCACUGAGCUAUAUUCCACAGCCGGCUCAGUGCUAAACUCCCUUGAUGCGCUCGACGUCAAAGGUCGCGAUCCUUGGAUAAUUUAUUUCCUCCUGUCCAAGUUAGAUCAAGAGACCAAGAGACUUUGGUCAAUAGAAUCGGCUGAUAAGAUCCCUACAUGCGAUGAUUUUUUGUCUCUUUUAAAUACUCGAAUUCGAUCCCUGAGGUUAUGUCAAACCAUGCCAAGUGCGCCAUUAGACAACUCAUCAAAGGCUCCCAGUUCAAGGCCACCAUUUUCCCACCAAAAUAAAUCUUACAACUCCAAAACAAAUCAGGCAAACGUCCUUGCAGCUGCAGCGUCAAAUCCCUGUCCUGCAUGCAAUAAUUUUGAUCAUAAAGUCUUUAAAUGUCCCACUUUCCUUAAUAUGGCACCACCAGAGAGACUGGCGUUUGUUCGCCAGAAAAAUCUUUGCAGGAAAUGCCUCAUCAGCACUCAUUCCAGCAAGGACUGCACAUACUUUACAUGUAGACGGUGCUCCAGCCACCACAACACACUUUUACAUGAAUCUUUUUACCCCAAUAACUCUGACUCCCCAAGACCUGCUCAAGCUUCGCCUUAUACAUCCUCAACCCCCACCACUGGUCCUCAAGUUGCCUCAGUCGUACAGGAUACUCUACCAAAUCCUGAGCCUUCAACGUCUUCCAACGAAUCUCCUGAUCACACAGCACUAGUGACUCAAUUGAACGCGUCUGCCAUAAAUUCCACACCUCAGGUCGGAUGCAUUCCCAGGAGAGUUUUCUUGGAAACGGCAGUGGUGCACGUCCUGGAUCGCAAUGGAAUACCCACACAGUGUCGCGCACUUCUAGAUUCAGGCGCGCAGGUCAACCUGAUUUCCCAGUCCCUAUAUCAACGUUUAAAACUACCAAGAACCUUAUCAAACAUUUUCAUUGGAAGUGUGGUUCAGGGAGGAGCACGAUCGAAGUACCAAACCGACUGUACUGUUCGAUCAUUGGUGGACGAUGUCAAUUUUACAAUGUCUUGCCAAAUAGUAACCUCGGUGCUUGAACAGAAAAUCCCUAAUUGGGACAUGAAGGAAAAUCACCUAAAAAUCCCCACCGAUAUCAAACUGGCCGAUCCCACUUGGUCCGUAUCCCAGCCCAUCGAGUUGCUAAUUAGCAACGAAUUUUAUAAUGAUUUACUUUCUGGGGCACUUAUUAGGCUGGGUCCCGGGCUGCCAGUUUUAAAAGACUCGUGCUUGGGAUGGAUAAUCUCAGGUCCAUUCCAAGCGGGACCUGAUCCCCAAUCUAACCCUGUUGUUGCCACAACCCUUGCGUCAAUUGACACUACCCUCAAGAAAUUUUGGACCUCCGAAGAAGUCGAGCCACCUCGACACUCAGACCCUGAUCACUUGAAGGUGGAAGAAUUAUUCCGUAAUACCACGAUUCGUGAUUCUACUGGCCGCUACGUCACCCAUAUUCCUUUUAAGCCCAGUCUUGCCAGGCUUGACACAAACCUGCCAAACGCCACCAAGCAAUUUUUGUCGCUGGAGGCCAGGUUGAAAAAAAAUCCCACAUUGAAAACCAACUAUGAUAAGGCGAUGACUGAAAAUUUCACGCUCCAAUUCUUUGAAGAAGUCCCAGAUGAUGAGCUGAACCGACCUUCCUAUUACUUACCCCAUCACGCGGUCGUAAAAAACACUGAGACGUCCAGAAAAACAAGGAUCGUGAUGAACGCAAGUUCUAAAAGCCAAACAGGUCUCAGCCUCAAUGAUGUCGCAAUGAUGGGCCCUACAGUCCAGCCCGACAUCAUAGAAAUCCUCUUACGAUUCCGCAUGAAUGAGUUUGCUUUCGCAUGUGACAUUGAAAAAAUGUAUCCGCAAAUCCUCAUUCAUCCUCCCCACCGGGACUACCAUCGAAUCUUGUGGAGAUUCCACCCAGACCAACCCAUAAAACAUUAUAGAGCCAGAGGGGUUUGUUUUGGUGUAACCUCUUCCCCUUUCUUGGCUACUCGAACCUUGAAUGACCUUUCUGAGAAUGGCAAAUAUACUCAUCCUUUAGCCAGUCAUAUUCUCACGCAUAAUUUCUAUGUUGACGAUUGCUUGGUGUCCGUGCCAUCAAUCGACGAUGCUGUUCAGGCCAUCAAACAAUUAAAAGACCUAUUGGCAAGCGCUGGUAUGAAAUUGGCAAAAUGGAACUCUAAUGAGUCCAGUAUAGUUGCUUCCUCUUCCUCUGAUCCCAAACAGGAUUUUUCUUCCACUUGCUCUUCUGCGCUUGGCAUGACAUGGAAAUCAGCUGAGGAUCAUUUUCUUUAUAAAUUGUCUAUGGAUUUCGCUACAGCUCGUACCAAGAGAGAAAUUCUAGCCUGUGUGGCUUCACUAUAUGACCCAUUGGGUUUAAUAGGUCCGACAGUGGUCCAUGGAAAAUUAAUCCUUCAAAUCAUGUGGAAGCAUGAGCUUGGAUGGGAUCAACCCAUCCCCGACAAUAUCCUUGUGGAGUGGACGCGUUACGCCAAAGCUCUGCCAGCUAUUGAAGAUCUAACCAUUCCACGCUGGAUAUCUAACAUUUCUGGUUCCACAUUAAAGGAAAUUCACGUAUUCACGGAUGCCAGCUCAUAUGCUUAUGGCGCUGUCGCAUACGCGAUCUCAGAGGAUUCCCAUGGUCAUAUAUCAUCUCAAAUUCUUAUUGCAAAAUCUCGAAUUGCACCCACCGAGCUUCCCACUAUACCCCGUCUCGAGCUUUGCGCUGCUUUACUCGGGGCACGUCUUCUCAGCAAAAUUCGCAAAGCUAUCUCUUUCACAGAUUACUUUAUGUGGACCGAUUCCACUAUUGUUCUGGGUCAAAUUCGAUCUAAACGUAUCAGACUCGAACAGUAUAUUCUGAGUAGAAUUACCGAAAUACAGGCGUUGACCGAUGUUCACAAGUGGAGCCAUGUUCCAACAAAUUUGAACCCAGCUGACAUAAUUUCACGUGGCAUGUUCCCAGAAGAGCUUAAAAAUGCUACAUUGUGGUGGAACGGCCCAAGCUUUGUUACUCAAUCUAUAAAAAUGUGGCCAAUUGAUCCAACUAGGAGUUUAGCAGAACAAGUAGCAAUGGCAGCUGUUCCAUACGAGAAAAACCUCCAUCCCAUUGAAAUAAUCCUAUCCAGAUCCAACAACUUCCGCAAAGUCAAGCGCAUCCUUGCUUAUGUCCUGCGCAUAGCUUCCAAAAUCAAGACGACCUUAUCCUUAACCCCUAUCGAAUUAGAUCGAGCAGAGAAGAUGCUCAUCACCUAUGCCCAAAACACGUACCUUAGUGGGGUAAAGCUGGCUAUCGAAAGGGGAAGGCUGUCCACCACUCGGGCCUUCCGGCACCUUUGGCCACUCAGCCUCUUUGUUGAUGACCAUGGCAUAAUACGUGUAGGCGGGAGACUGAAGAAUUCUUCAGAGGGAUACGAUAUUCGUCACCCCAUCUUAUUGCCCAAAUGCAACAUCACUCACAUGAUUGCCCUUCAACUACACCAAGAUUAUCAACACAUCGGUCCCCAAUCGCUGCUAGCGACCCUGAGGCAGAAAUAUUGGCCGCUCGGUUCAAGAGAUAUCACCAGAAAGGUUUGCCGUUCAUGUAUCACAUGCUUCAGGAACAAACCCAUCCUUCUUAACCAACUUAUGGGCAAUCUGCCAUCAGAUAGAGUCACUCUCACCACUCCAUUCACUACGUGUGCUUGUGAUUUUUGUGGACCGGCUAUUCACUUGGAGGUUGUAGGAGAUCUUACCACCAACUCCUUUAUAGCUGCUCUAAGACGGUUCAUUUCGCGUCGCUCUGCCCCAUCGCAAAUUUAUUGUGACAACGCCACUAAUUUUCGUGGAGCGGAUGCCAUAUUAAAACAACUUUUCAUUCAGCUAAAGUCUGAAAACAGUUUCCACGACGAAUGUGUAGCUAAGGGCAUCACCUUUCACUUCAUGCCCCCAAGAUCUCCUCAUCACGGCGGGCUUCACGAAGCGGCUAUCAAAUCCCUCAAAUACCACCUACGCAGAGAAAUUGGAAAUACUAUAUUAACCUUUGAAGAACUGUCCACUGUGGUUUGCCAGGUAGAAGCUAUUUUGAAUAGCAGACCCUUGACCCCAUUAACAGAGGAUCCCAACGAACCUGCUGCCAUGACUCCAGGGCACUUCCUUAUUGGAAAACCUCUAAAUAUGUUGCCAGAAAUCAAUCUUACCACUAUUCCGCCUCAUUCUCUUACUCGAUGGCAGCUUUGCCAAAAACUUCUGCAGCAUUUUGCAGCCAGGUGGAGAAAGGAAUACCUCCAAACACUUCAACCUAAAAAAAAAUGGUUCACCCCUCAGGACAACCUCAAACCAGGUGAUAUGGUCAUUCUUCAGGAAGAUCAGGCUGCUCCCAGUCAUUGGCCUAUGGGCAUUGUUGAGGCCACAUAUCCUGGGGGGGACGGAAAAUGUCGGGUCGCCAAAAUACGAACGACAAAGGGCACCUACCAACGGGCAAUACAGCGGGUUGCCAAAUUACCAAUGGAGGGAUUACCACCCUCAGAAUUCCCGCCCGGAGCAUUGCCUUUGCCCCCGGAUCCCAAAGGAGCUUGUGUUAAAAGUGAUCCUUCAACACUCCCUCCCUCGACCCCAAAGAGGGCGAGGAGCUCGGAUGAGGAGUGCGGCCCUAGAACUAGAAAAGUUUCUCGUGAGGAAGUGCCAUUUACACCAUCCCCUCUUGGGUCCAGUGAUAGUGACAGUGAGAUAAGAGACUCAAUAAUCAUGCCCAAUAUUUUUGAGCAUCUAAAAGAUGAUGACAGUGGGGACGCUCCCAGUGCAUCCAAUGUCCAGAGGAGGUCAUUACCUCCUCCACUCAUUAUAAAUCAUGCUGACGCAAAAAAUCAUGCAGUUUUGGAAUGUCUGCGCAAGUUGAUUCCGAGCAAAUUCCACUCGAAGUAUAUGAGCAUUGGGCUCAAAUUACAACUUCUUGACAACAGUGCAUAUAAAGAUAUUAAAGACACUUUGAUUAAAAUGAACAUCAAGUUCUACACCCACGAUAUGAAGAGUGAGAGUAUGAAGAAGUACAUCUUAACAGGUCUCCCUGAGAUCAGCAGCUUGGAGUCUGAGGUCAUCUCAGAAAUGAAAGAUGUCUAUGGAAUUACACCGAAGGAAGUGAGAAAAAUCCCGCCAAAAAAUAGGCGAUAUUCAGAUGAUUGCAUCUUAAUAGUUAUUUUUGACAAAAAUGGUCCAAGUCUUAAUGACCUACUUAAGAUCCAAUACAUCUACAAUGUAAGAGUUAAAUGGAGCCACUUUAAGCCAAAACCCAGAGGACCCACCCUCUGUGAUAAAUGUUAUCUCUUCGGCCACGGAGCCAAAAAUUGCUUCAUGGAGGUUUGCUGCAAACGGUGCAGUGGCCCACAUGGUGUGGAUGAAUGUCCUUUUAAAGCAAAGUUUAAGUGCCGAAACUGCGAAGGACCUCAUGCUGCUGAUGAUCCCGACUGUCCGGCGAAAACGAAAUUUCUAGCUAUGCGACAACGGUUGAGCCAAAACAAGCGUAACCCCCGCUCCCGUAGAUUUUCUUCUACCAAUGAAAGACAACCAACAUCGCGUAGGAGCUCCAUAGUUCAGGAUAGACGUGCACCACCACCCACCGCGAGAGACUUUCCUCGCCCAGACUUUUUGACUGAGCAACCUGCUAGAAAACCAGAAGGCGCUUGGGGCGGCAGAGACUUUGAUCGACCAUUCAGCAGGUCUGACAGCAACCUAUUUACUGCACAGGAGAUCCUUGCUAUCUCCAAAGAGCUCAUCAGUGGCCUGAGGAGGUGCAGGAGCAAGAGUGAACAACUGGACUUAAUGUUCACCAUUACUGUCAAAUACCUGAAUGACUAA